GAUCUUCCCCUACACUCCCCGCUGACCAGAGAAAACACUCGAUAGCGAAUGCGAGAGGGGAUUUAAAUUGGACAAAUACUGUCCACCUCGUUUGACGGAUAAGGUAGAUAUACAUUUUCUCGUGCGGUCUGAUCUAAUUCGCUUUUAGUACUAUUCCGCGACCAGCCUAACCUCGCUACAGUGCGACGUUUGCUAGCUUGUAAUGUCGGCACUGUUGGACUUGUUUUCCCCUCUAGACUCCGCUUCCUGUUAGCCUUGGGCUAGCUGGAAAAUCGACAUUAUGCUAAUGAACGACCAGGUUUAGUUAGCCAACGCAAAGGGGUGUAACUUUACGACUAACAAUAGGAUUUCUGUUGAAAUUUAGUAGCAAUUUCUACCCAAACCCGUGCUUAUAACUUAGUUUGAGGGCCAGCUGUAAGGGCUCCUGGUUUCCUUUUAGUCUGCUAACGCUCGACAACGAGCCAUCUUGCUUGUGUUUGGGGAUUUAAGUAUUUAACUUGACGAGCGAUUGAUAAUAACUUAAGUUGUAGUUUCUUGUACAUACAUAGAUCACCAUUCGGCUCAGUCGUAUUGAAGCCGAGUGUGUGUAAAGAGUAGCUUUGAAGCACUUGAAUGUAGUGUGGGAGAGCCGGACUGGUUCACUGUGUUAAAGACAAUAGAGAGCCGGAGACUCGCACAGCUGCUGUUUUGUUAACGACGAAAACUAAGAAGAACUAACUUGGGGAGAUUUGUAUUUUCGAGAUUAUUUUAUUAAAUUGUAUCCUGAUAUAACUAGGAUAGCUUUUGAAUACUUUUGUACGUGUAGAAGUGGUGAAUAUAUAGACGUGGCUUCCGUAUAUUUGACCCGCACAGAUCGCUCGGGAGACAGUGGAUGGGGUCGAUGCAGAUGGUGUUUGUGCGACACACGAGGGCUUCCAGGUAUCUCCUCUCUUUACUCUGAAACAACAGCAGCUUUAAAUGCCUCAGAAAACACUCGUAGCAGCCGGUCGUCGUCAGAGGUAACCAGGUAGAUUGAGAGACGCGGUCUGAAGAGGGAGCCUUUUUCCUGGACGUCCAUCUCUCCAGCCUACCUUCAUCACGUCCAUCCACCACCACCGCCCUCCUCCUCCUCUUCUUCCUCCUCCUCUUCUUCAGCCAUGGACCCCCCGAGGACGCGGUCGCGGUCUCGGUCUGGCUUUUAUCAUUUCGGUUUGAACGGUAAUGUUGGAAGUAACGCCGGUGGAAACGCGGUUGGCAACGGGAGCAUGAUGAACGCCAGCGGAGGAGGGGUGAGCUACCCGCAGCAGAGCAACCCCGGCUGGGUGCCGCACCACGGUGGUCGCAGCUACCCCGAGAGCCAGCAGCAGCACACCCAGGGGAGCUACCUGUCCGCGGGGGCGCAACGCCACUCCUCACUCGGAGCUCACAGACACCCCGGUGCUGGUAAGCAGGGAUCAGUAAACAGGGCCAGCAGCCCGGCCAGAUGCACCAACACACACACUUCGACACAGGAUACACCCCUGAGGGAUGUGAGCAGACCACUAGCAGCUUAACAGGCUUUGAGACAUUUGACUAAAAGGCUAGGUUCUUUCACCACCAGCUGCUGCUCGAAAGGCCACCUAUAUGUCAUGUCAGGUGUUGUUUUGGGGUCUUUGCUUUGGAGGUUUGAUCAGUACUUCUCCAGGUUAAUAAAAGCAGAGAGGGACCAUGAACCUUGGUAAAGUUUCCAUGUUCAAGUUUUAUUAACUCAGUGAAAAUUUAACAGACUCAGCAGAUAACCUACUGCAGGGGUGUCAAACUCAACUACAGCAAGGGCUAUAAUCUGGAUUUAGGUCUAACCUGAGGGCCAAACAGGGUCAACAUUUCAGCAAAACUGUCAACCUCCUUUUCAAAAAAAAUAUGUAACAAAAAUAGCAAUGAUUACAAAUCAUUUGGAAAUUCAAAAAAGAUCAGUUUAAAGGAUAGAAAAUUUUUAAUUUUUUAUUCUAUUUUUAUUUAUUAGUUCAAAACAUCAGAGCGUGAUAUUAAAAAUAGAAAAAUAAUGCUUUUAAAGAGCAAAUACAUGAAGAAAACAUUGAAAUCAGGGUUAAAAUGUCAAAAUAUGACUUAAAAUUAAAAAUUGGAAUCUAAAGUAUAAAAUGAAACAAGUCUAAAUACUGAGUUGAGCAAAAUCAAAGCAUGAAAUAAAAAAUACCCAAUCAUGCUUGACUUGUAAUCUUGAAAUGCAAAAUUGAAAACAUGAAAUAAAACGCCAAAUAUUUUUCCCCCACAUUCUUGACUGUUUGUCAAAUCUUCCUUACUCUUUAAUUUCCCAGAUUUUCGUGGUACAUUGAGGACAUUUUAAAUAAUGGUGCUAAAGUUUACAUUAUUAUACUGGAGGAAAUCUGCAGACCUCCGACUGGUGGGCCAAUAAUAAAACAAAUAUGAUAUGAUCUUGUGGGCCAGAUAUAAUUGUUCCCCGGGCCAGAUUUGGCCUCCAGGCCUUGAGUUUGACACCUGUGACCUACUGGCUACAUUAUCUAACCUCUGGAUCUGAGACGAUGAAACUAUGCUUAAUCAGUUCAGUAGAUGUUAAUUAAAUGUAUUAAAUUAGAGUUAUACUGAUAUGUAGAGGCGAACAUUUAAAACAGAUCUCUAAUGGCAAGUGAGUGAAAAUUGUAAGAAUUUGAACACAUUUUGAGAGCUUACAGAGCAGUGCAUUAGCUUAUGUUAACAGAUCAGGGACACGAUUUGCCUGGAGGUGUAGGUAAAUUACAAAUUAGACUUGAAAAUCUCAAAAAAUAGUUCAUGAGAUGAAUAAAAUAGAAGUUUGAAGGCUUAAAACCAAAAUUGCAGUGAAAUAUCUGGCUAAAUUUUUAAAAUUUCCAGCCACCCAGCACUGUUGUCCAAGGUUUCUUGUAAAUUACCAUCAAAGAUUUCAUCCUUUAGCCUUGAAAGGUAAAUUUACGAAGCUGCUUUAGCUCCAUGCAAGCAAUGAAAAAUAUUGAUGUGGAGUAUAGUUGUUCUUAGUGUAUUUGCUUAAAUUCUGUGCCAACCAUUUUCAAAGAAGCAGCUCUUUGGCUCUUUAUCGCUACAGCACUAACAGCUUCUUAUCCAACUAAGGAGACAAAAAACCUCCUUAAAACCUUCAAAGACAGACAGAAAGACAUUAAAAGAAAUAAAACCAAUAAAAGCAAUAAACCACCCUGAUGAGAAAAAAACACAGCAGAGCUCUCAUCAGUUGUUUUCAAAAUAAAAAGACAAGUUUUUUGUUCAUUUCCCUAACUGGACUUUAAUUCUAAAUAUAUUAUUUAAACGUAACCUUAUUAUUUUUCAUAUACAUUAUCAUGACAGUGUUGAAGUUUGGAUCAGAUGUCUACAGUUGUGCUUUAUCCCUUAACAUCUCAGCACACAGAACAUACAAAAGCCUGGAUAAGCUGUUUUCAUGAGACAGUAUCCUGGUUUCUGUCUGUUUUGUCAAGAGAGAAAAUCCAGUAUUUCUGAGAGAGAGAAAAAAAAACAGGAUCAGCGCUUAUCCAGGUUUCUCCAACUGGCAUACUGUAUUUACCUAUAUAUCACAUAACUGUGAUCCUUCAAAAACAGGAUUAUAACCAGGAUACUUGUGCACAUGUAAACACGCUUAAUGACAUCCAUGAGUUAACUGUUCAACAGGUUUCCAUUGCAGAUUGAAAGAAAGUGACUCUUAAUGGCAAAACACUGUGCAGUGAACGAAUGAAUGAAAGCAUGCUUUUAAUGGGCCUCUAUUGUAUGAGCAGCACUGGUGUCAAACAUCCAAAAUAGCUAGCAGAAGAGACACCACAGAAAACCACAUGCUUCCCAAAUUGAGCGACAACAGAGGGUCUUAUGUGAAUGACUUAAAGAGUGUAUCUCCCAGCUGUGUGAUCUGCCCCCUUUUUCCUAACAGCUGCACAUGCUUGGUCCUAAAUGACGGGGAUCUUUAUGUGUUUUCUGUAUGUAAGCUAAACAAAAGUGGGGUUCUAAGAGUGCAUGACCGGUUUCUGCUUUCUUUCUUUCUUGCUUUGCAUUUCACUGUAUAUUGUCCCUCGGCAUCAUGGUAUGCAGACUGUGUGAGGGUGGAAUUUGGAGGUGUUAGAAAUGUGUCCCCUUGUCUUACCUUUAUUUUUCCUCCUCUUCUCCUUCUUCAUUCCCUCUGUGUUGAAUGUAUUAUCACCUAGUUUAGCUUUCAGCGUAUGUGCUGCAUCUGUCAAGCUGCCAAACAUAGCAACCAGGUUUUAUAGCUCGUUGAUAAAGUUAUCACCUUAGAUCCUGAGAUAUAGGAAUUUAACUCUUUCUAUUAACUUAACAUUUUGUGUGUGUCUUGUAAAUGUAAACGACACCCCGUAAGUAUUUGUGAGGAGCAGAUUUUUUUUCUUUUCUCGAUGACAGCUGAUAUUCAUAAAUUCACCUUCUGAACAUUUGUUGUGAAACAAUGCGUUGGUCCUCCCCAGCAGUCAGACUCGGAGUAUGGCUCUUUCUCGCGAGCAGAACCCAUCAAGGCUUUCUCGCUGCUCCGUCUCCUAUGACCCCCAUGGGUGAAUCGACAUUAAGAGACCUAGUUCUCCUUGAAACACAUGGGCGACUGAGGCCCUGGACCCCAUAAGGCUCAAAUAAAAAAGGGAGAGUAGAUGAAUUAAGAUGCAAGCCAGUAGGUUGGCUGUACUGUGGGCCAGUGAGUCAACUGACAGUCCCUCUGUUCUCCCCAGCCACUAGCAGAGCGCCUUUGAGCUGUCACUAUCGCCAGACUUCACAUGGCUCUGGAGUGGCGUCGCAAAGACAAGAAAGGAGUGGGGGGCUGCUUUCAGAUCUGUUGUUUCUGAGGAGCCAGACAGGGGCUGUUUGGAUGAGGGAGGCAUAGAGGAGAAACAGAAAAGAGAUUGGGGGAGGAGAGAUUUUACCCCCGCUUUUUGGUGAUUAAAGGGUUUUUGGGGACUGCUCAGAGGAAACUCUUGUCAGCUGAGUUCAAGGACAUCCUUCUUAAGCUGCUGAAAUGUCUGUAUGCACAGGCUGCUUCCAGAUUGCACAUGUGGGCCGACAGAUAAACAGCUGGGAGAGCAUUGUGUUAUUCAGAGAUUAUGUAUAUGGUAUUACUGCUUUAUUUAGCUUCUCCUGUUUUUUCUGGUUUUCAUUUCUUUAGAGGGGGACUCUAAUAUCAUUGAUACCAUUGAAGAGAUGUUUUUUUUGUUGUUGUUGUUUAUUGAUCUUUGGAGAGAUAUCUUUAUCCCUAGUUCACCAUGAGGAGAUGAGAAAUAGAAUAGGAAAGAAACAGGGCACUGAGCUGUUGUUGCAGAAUUUUUGCCAACGAUGGUUCACUGCCCUGCUCUGGCACACUUGGGCAAAGCAGAUGCCCUCAGAAAAGCAGAGUUUAAUCUAUGAUUUUGGUUAUGAUCAAAUUCCAUCAUAUAAUUGUGUGAAUACCAACUUCAGGAUAGUACUACGGCCAUUUUGUUUCAUUUUGGUUCAACUGAUCAAUCACUCUUGUUACUGGUCAGCUAAUUGAGUCUAUAAAGUGUCAGAAAACAGCUGAAAAUGGGUAUUUUUCUUAGAAAUCAAAGCUGUCUUUAAAACACUUUUUUGUUCAACAAAAGUACAAAACUAAAAGAUCUGUAGUUUACCAGAAGAACUGUUCAAACAUAUUUAUUUCUCUCAUCUUUCAUCAUUAUUUUACAACAUUACCUUAGCUAAAACAAAAGUCAUGAUGAGCUUUUCAUUAAUGUUUAUAUGUGGACAGCCAGCAUGAUGCUCUGCUGUGUUGUGGAUGUCUGUUUCUGCGAGUCUGAGUACAGGUUUUUGAUGGUAGAUCAGAGGGAAGGAUUUUUAUGUGAGAUCCACCAAGGAUGGGUCCAGUGUGACUGUGCCCGACUUCUUUGAGAUGACAGCUUUUUUGGCAUCCAGUGGUUAUUAAGAGUUAGAAAAUACAAGUGUUUGUGUAUUUCUGCUGGCCUUGCAAGUGCAUAUCCAUGUAUAUUGCGUUGUUAAUUCUUCUAUCAGCCAUUUCUCGUGUGAUAAUGUUUUUUUUUUUUCUCUGUGGCCUGCAGGAGGAGUGCUACAUUUUCAUCCUGAUAAUGUGUGCAGCGACGACCGGGACAAAGUAAGUGUGAAACAUGACCCAUGCCUGUUGCCUCUGCUUUGCUCCUGUUUUGAAUAGGGUUUGUAUGUCAUUGUUUUCUUUCCUUAUUCUCCUCUUUUGUCUGCGCUCUUUUUGUUUCUCCCUGACCCACAACCCCCUGCCUCUGCCUCCCCCCCUCCUCCUUUUACCUCUGUGUGCAGAUGGAAGACAGCCCAAGCCCGAAAAGGCAGCGUCUUUCACAGCAGUCCAUGUUGGAUUUAAACUCCGCCCCUCCCUCUACUCCUUCCUCACCCAUUCGCCCCUGGGAGCUGCCUCCCAGUCGUAGACCACACCCCCACUACAUGCCAGAGAGAUGCCACACUCCCCUUCGCAACCGUCGCAGGUAAGAGUGUGUAUGAGUGUUACACAGUUGCAUAUAACAUGCCUUAAAAAACUGAAUAAAGGGUAUCAUUCAGCCAACACAGCAUUUGAAAGACUUGAACAUUCAGAAUUCAAAUUGUAGACAGUGUAGUAUAUAAAAAAAUAACAAUAAUGACUUAUCUGUAAGAUUUUUAUCCACGUGUUUUAUUAGAUGAUACUCAGUUGAAAGAGGAGUGAAGAAUACAGCCGCCAUUUAAAGUUGUAAAAUAAAAAAUUAUAAGUAUUUAGUAUUAGUAUAAGUUUAUAUUUGUGUAUAAUCCCCUAACUUUUUCCGGUUUUAUUUUUUAAUUUUUAAUUUUUUGAGGAAUAUCAGAAAAAACAAAAACUCUGUAUGAGUUAGCAUAUAUCUGCCAUCAGCUAACUUGCUCUCUCAUAAUUCUUACUGGCCACUGAAAACUGCGCUCUGUCCACAUCUACAUUAGAUAUCACUAAAUAUUCCUAUUUCUACGCACUGUACCUUUAAAACUGAAUGGCUGUUUUUUUGUUUAUCAUGAAGUAUCGGUCAAAGCCAAACAGUGAAUCAAUGUAUUCAUGGUCUUACUCUAGAUGAGUCAAUAUAAAACAAAGUGCCUUGUGCUUGAAUGUCUUAGAGCAUAUAUUCAGUUUUUCUUGCUGGACAAUAGCAUCUGCUCCCCACUGAUUGGUCGGUUUAAGUGUUAAAGAAUAUGCAUCAGCUGCAGGGACUCAUAUAUAUAUAUAUAUAUAUAUAUAUAUAUGAAUACGUAUGUUUACCAUUUGACAGACUUAUUCCUUGUCUGCCAUCAUGUCUGUAUCAAUGUUCAAAUCUAGUCAGUUUUUAUAGGGAAGUGGACUCCAGAAAUCUGUGAUUGUAGAGUUCCAGCCUGAUGGCAAUAAACCCUCCUAGCUGCUACUAGCAUAACACACCCCAGUUUAUGAUGAUACCUUUUUGACUAAGAAGCAUUGUAGGUAACGAUUUCAUUAAGAUAUGACAAGGAAGAAGGAUGUUUGAUUAUGAAAACAUAUAUCCACCUGAUUCUUUGUUUUAAAUAAACUGUUCAUUAUGAGUAACAUCAUUCAAGAUCUGCACUAAAACAUGACUGUAUCAUGUUCUUUCAGUUGCUUUUAAUGGCUUGCUGAAGGUGACGGCUUCAUUGUUAUAAAUCAAAGAAUAUUCAUGCAAACACAACAUUCCUCUGAUUUUCUGCCUCAGCCCUCCAAUGAGACGCCAGCGAGGCCGAAGAGACCGUCUGACCCGCCAUCACCACCAUGCCCACAACAACAACCACCACCACUUUAAUGGCAACAACAACCAUCAUCAUCACCACCUUCACCACCACAACGCCCAUCACCCCCACCACCACCACCUGCAUUCCCACCAUGUACCGUCAUCAGGCCACCAGGAUGAAAACUACCGUCACCCUGCUCCCCCCCAGGGAUACCCACCCUACAGCCAACAACCACCCAGAGGGCCGGGGCCAGGGCCAGAAGAGCGCCAGGGUCACCAUCCUCCAAACCUGUCCCCAAGGCCUCUCCACCAGUCACCAAACCUGUCCCCAAGGCUGCUGCAUCCUGCAGCUCAUCAACAACACCCCCACCCACAUGCCCACCCAUCCCAGCAGCAGAGCAGUGUCGUUCUGGACCUCCAUGAGCAGGUAACAUAGGAUAAGGUGGCCGUACUAGGUUGGGUUGGGAAAUGACACUGAACAUAGAGUUAAAAACAACUGAAAUGCUUUUAGGUGCAAAUAACUACGCAAAAAUAAUAUGUAUAGUUUGGUGACAGUUAGAAUUUGACUCUUCAAAAUUUUAUUGCAUCUCAUGACAAAAGUUUAAAAACACUUUCAAGAGGUCUCCCUGUAGACCUCAUCUGUUUUUUUUUAGCACUACCACGAAAGCAAACCUCUGAGAUGGUCGAGUUUUAGUGGUGACGGUGGUGAAUAUGAUACUGAUAGGUUUUUUAUUUUCUAUCCAGACAAUGUGAAGCAGAAGUUAAAACUCCAGUUGCUUAUCUGGCUGUUCGUAAAAAGUUCAGAACCUCUGACUUUUUUGAUCUCCUUCUAUAGGGUUCAGUUCCAGUAUCAUAUCCUGUGUCACCUCCGGGAGCGCCUGCAGGCCUGCCGCCUCGCUCUGCCCCUCAACAGAUCCCAGCAUGCUCAGUGGUCUUCAGCGGACAGCACUAUCCUGUGUGCAGCGUCCCUCCUCCUGUGAGUGUGUCUUUGUUGCUUUGAUAGACACACACACACACACACACACACACACACACACACGCACACACGCACACACACACACACACACACACACACACACACACACACACACACACACACACACACACACACACACUCUCUGGAUUGGUUUGGAUGUUUUCUCAUAGACUUGUUUUCUGCUCCUCACGGGUUUUUCAUUAUUUUAAUUUCAUUUUUUCGAAAUCCUGUUUUUUAUUUUUUUCUAAUGAAAUUUUGCUGUUUUUGUCUGUCCUUUUUCUAGGUGCUCCAGACCUGCUCUGUCCAGCACUUACCAAUGCCUUACCCUUUCCCGUCAUUGCUGUCCAGUGACCCUGCCUUCCUCCUUCCUCCCCCUCACCUCCCCCAUCCCCCAACACACCUGUCCCACCAUCCCCCUCACCUGCCUCAGCCUGGACAGUUUGGACCCUAUCCAACACAGCAGGCCCGAUCUGUGAGUUUUUCCAAGUCAUAUGUAUUUUAAUCUUUUAAGAUCUUGCACCAGAUUCUGUUUUUGUUAGUUUUCUAAAAUGUGACCAUUUUAGUUGGAUGUAUGGAUGAUUUUUAUCUGCUUAUUUUGUGAUAGCAUACUUAACUUUCAGCUUUUGAGCGAAGCAAGUUUUCUGAGAGUCAUGACAGAAGCUUUUUAUUAAACAUCUGCUGUAUUAACAUAUGAUAAAACAACAUUUAUGAGUCACAUGUGAGACAUGAGUACCUAUAAUUUAACAUAUUUAAACAGGAGGAAAAAUAAUGCUAGUUAUAAUUUAGGAAAUUUAAUGAAGUCUCAUUUAAAAAAAGAAGAAAAAAAAAAAGAACUGUGCUAAUAUUAGCUAAGUGACAAAAAAGAAAACAAUUAUUUUUCUGUAAAUAUUGUGCAUCACUUCAAAUAAUAACAGAAUUCCCAAGUUUUUGACUGCUUAAGUAGAUCCUGAUGAAAUUUCUAAUGAAUAUCUGACACAAAGUGUUUUCUGUGAGAUCAUGGAUGUUUCGGUUAGGUUGGCUAACCUGCUCACUUUAGACCUUUUGUUAUUGACUGCUGUGACCACUAAUCAAACAAGCUGUUGCAGAUAUAUUUUGAAUUGAUGAAGAACAAAAAUAUUAUUAAAAGAUUUAAUGUAAUGUAACAGUAGUCAUAUAAAAAUGUGCAGCUUUUCUCUCUUUAAGUUGCUCUUAUGCCCAUUACCACCAUGUUUAACUUAAAACUUAUUAUUGUGGUAAUACUGUGUUUUUAUACCGAGAUUUUGACUUGUUCUAUGUUUUUAUCUCCAGCCGUUACAGAGGAUAGAGAACGAUGUGGAACUGCUUGGAGAGCAUCUGUCACUAGGUGCUGGGCUCCACUAUCCUCCUGCCACCCACCCGGCCCUAACACCACACUCCACACAGCUUCAUUUUCUGUCCCAUGACCCCCUGCCUCAGGAGUUCUUUGGAGUGGUGAGAUUUAAAAAAAAAAAAAAUUAACAAUUUGAUGAAAUUUUCUUGAACUUUUCAGUAAUGAGGAAAAUAAAAAUACAUGUGCGUGACAUGUCAUGUUUUUUUUUGAUUGACCCCCAGUCCUACCCAAACUUUAUCCCUCGACGUCUACCGGGGCGACGGUACCGAUCGCAGCAGCCACUGCCACCCUCGCCUUACCACCCAAGCCUCCUGCCUUACUUCCUGUAAGUAAAUCAUUUAACAAUGUUCAUGGAGGAAGAAUUUUUUUUUUAUGUUGUAAGUUUAUUUACCAAAGUCAAAGACGAUCUGGUGUUUCAUUUUGAACUUAUGAUCCAAGUGAUCAAAGUCAGUCUCCAGCAUUGUCAUAUAACUUGACAAGUUCAACCAGGUGAAUUUAGAAGAAGUUGGGUACAACAGAUUAUUUUCUGAAAUUCUCAGCUGUUCUAAAAGAAUAACUGGAUUAAACAAUUUUUCUACAUUCAUCGAUCAAAGUCUUACAAAAAAGAAUAUUUAGGGUGGUCUUUGAUAUUUCAGGAUUCAGUUAUUAGAAGGUAAAUUGAAGAUGCAAAAUAAGGAGAAAUUAUUUGUUUGACUAAGUCUUUGUCAAUAAAAGGUUAUGAGAACAAAAGGGCAGAGUCAUAUUUAAGCAAACAGACAAAAAUAUGAUGAAAUUAGUUUUUCUUGAUUUACACCUUUUGAUGAACUGAACUCCAACUUCUCUCUGUUUAAUUUCUAUGUAGUUCAAUGCUGCCAGUCCAGCCCACAGGUCCCGCUAUCAGUUUGGAGCUGGAUGUAGACGAUGGUGAAGUGGAAAACUAUGAGGUAAUUAUUAUCUUUUUACUCUUUUUUUUUUUUUUCCUUCUUUGUUUGUUGGAUGCAGACUUUGAUUUUUUUUUACAACCCUCUCCUCCUUACAGGCCCUCUUGAACCUAGCUGAGCGUCUUGGAGAGGCCAAACUCAGAGGAUUGACAAAGGGAGACAUUGAACAGCUUCCUUCUUACCGGUUCAAUCCAAAUAACCAUCAGUCUGAGCAAACACUGUAAGUACAGCCAUUGUGCAACCACCAUGGAUAAUGUGUAUUAUUCUAUGACAUAUUGUGUAAGCUGGUCAGGACCCCCAAAGUCGCAGCUUUUUUGUUAAUUUAUGACUGAGAUUGUGGGUUUAUGAAACGGCGUGUUUAAAAGCUUCAAACACCAGGUCCGUUUGUUGGGGUUGAGAAAUUACCAAAUUUAAAGAAACUUGACGUUUUUCCCUCAUGAGUGCAGAUGUUUUUCUUUCACACGUUUGUUCAUAUGCUUUAAUUUGACCUGGUAAUGCAGUUACAGGUUCCUUGUGUUAUCGUAUGUUUAAUGUACAUGUUAUGUUGCAGGUGUGUGGUGUGCAUGAGUGAUUUUGAGUCCCGCCAACUGCUGCGGGUCCUGCCCUGCAGCCAUGAGUUUCAUGGAAAGUGUGUUGACAAGUGGCUGAGGGUAAGUGCUCAUCCCAAAUAAACUCACUCACUCUGUUCUAAGUGAUACGUUUGUAUUUUUUCAGUGCAUCUUUGAGGAUUAUUACAUUGAUUGGGUAACAAAAACAAAAUUCUCACAUUAUUACUUGGUGUUGACGGAUAAUAUUCUGCUUUAACUAGAGACGUAAUGUCUUAUUUAUCAUAGGAAAACCUUUGUUAACAAGUUCAUAUUCAUUCCAUACGAAACCCUAAUAAAGUAUGAUGUUAUACAGUGGUGUAGUGAAAAUCUUGUACCUCUGAAGGCUUUUGUCUGACUGUUUCUAAAUUAAUCACAAAAGAUUUGGAAAUUUUUAAACCCCACCUGACCCGAGGGUCCUGUUUCAGACAGGAAGUUCAACAAACUGAUUUAAACUUCGAUGAGAAACUGAGUUUUCUGACUCCAGAACAGCUGAUUAGUUAGUUCAAUCAACUUUAAGUAGGUUCACUGGGAGUUAGGCAUGUGCACAAUGACUAUAAUAAGACAAUAUGAUUGAAGCCCUGACAAUUCACCAUGGCAACAGGCAACAAAAAGAGGUCUGCCUGCUUUACCUCUGUGAGAUUAGACAUUCUCAUGCACACGUACAGCGAGCUUGAAUAUGUUUAAAAAAAGUAAUACUGCUGCUGUGGCAAAGACGGACAAGCAGCAUGGGAGGAAAUUGGCAACUGAGUCACUUCUUAAGUUUGAAUGUAGUAUUAUAUAUUUAAUCAUGCAUAAAUGUCAGGCUACAGGAGAAGGCUAGAGGAAUAGUAUUGAACCUUUAGAUUAUUUUCAUGUUAGUGCUAUCAGUGGAGAAAAGCAAACAUGAAAGCAGCUAAAAUGAAUCAUAAAAAAUUAGAAUAUCUGCUUAAGUCUUGUGUGAUGUUGCUAGACAAAUGCUGAAUCUCUACUGACACAUUAACAUGUAGACUUUGAGUAUGAACACAGGGAAGAAACUACAUUUCUGCACAGGUGGAGGUGUAGAUAGUGUGUUGGUUCGGUGUUGCGGGGCACAUUUUAAAUGAAGCUAAUUUGUUGUUUAUUUUACAUAAAACAGCACCAUUAUGCUUAAUUUCAAAACUGAGACUCUCCUUAGGAGGUUAUAAACACUUAUCUAAAAUGGCAGGAUUUAUCAAAUGUCAUAUAUUGAGGGACCGGGGCUCUGCAGUAAAACGAACCAUGAGCCAGACUGUGGUGAGCUUUAGGAGGUGUGUGAAAGAGACGGCUGUUGUCCCUUCCUCUGUCUUUGCUGGGACUUUGUAACAGCUUGUGAGACAGAAAUGAGAGAAUGUCAUCCCCUUAUUCUCCCCCUCAGAUUCUCUGGCUGUGGAGGGGAUGUUUGUUGUUGGUCUGGGGAUGACAGCAUGCUUCUUCUUUUCCUUCUCCUCCUUUUCCUAAACCCCAUAACUUUUAUUAACUUUUGACUAUAAUCACCACAAACAUGUGCCUCCUCCCUGUCAAAGUACCUGCCCCUAUUCCAGAUAUAGAGUCGGAAACCUGAAGUGGUUUAAGUCUAGAUCACACUUAACCUACUUUUUUGAAUAUGCCUUCAACUUUUAACCAUCAGCUGCACAUCACAGUAGUGGUAAUGAUGGCAACACUCCAAAUGAGAUCUGUCAUGGUUGGAUAUUUGAUGUGAUUCUAUGUGAUUGUCUGCAUGAAACCUCACCGGCUGUCUUUUCCUGCUCUGUGAUUUCAGGCGAACAGAACUUGCCCUAUUUGUCGGGCCGACGCGUCUGAGGUGCAGAGAGACUCAGAGUGACCACAAGAAGGCGCCGUACACUCCCAAUAGAUUGUCAAACACAUUCAGCACUACCUGCUCCUGAUGUAUUGAUACACAUGUGCUUGUUUGUACACAUACACGCACACGCACACGCACACACAGACACGUACACACACAUAAAUACACACACACACUCAUACACACAUACACCCACGCCACUUGUAUUUUUGUGCUGCAUUUCCUGCUUGUUUGUUAUCAUUAAACCCUAACCCCUUUUUUCUCACAUUUAAUCUGAUUUGUAUUUUUUUCCCAGUUAUCUUUCUUGAUGUCAUUCCCCUGCUCUCAGUUUUUUCCUCUUUUACAUGAAUGCAGGCUUUCACUUCUUAGGUGAAAUUCAGUCUCUCCACCACUUUGCUCUGGUGUUUGCGUCUGUGUGUGUGUUCAUGUGAAUGCACACAGGAGUUGCUAGGUCGGCCCUGUGAUGCUGGGCUGUGGUACAUGACCGUAUGUUUUUCAGUAUAUGUGAGUGUGGUUGUUCAUGUGUGUAUAUGUAAGAGGGAGUGGUUUUUAGAUGUUCAGCAUGCCUGAGUUCUUGUUGUGAAUCAUACAAGUGUUAAUGACAACUGAGAGUUUUUGGUCUCCUGGGUGACUGACUUUACUUCCUGUUUGUACGUCUAUGCACUGUUUGUCUGUAUGCAUACUGGAUGUGUGUGCGGGUGUGUUUGCGUGCGUGUGCGUGUGUAUGUGUAUGUAUGUGUGUCAUACAUUUAAAUCCUUUUCUCUAGUUUGACACUAAGGGUCCAUGUUGCCACUAUACUCAUCGGUUGCCUAUUUGAUCACUUCUUUUAGGUUAUUAUUAUUAUUAUUAUUAAUAUAAUUAUUAUUAUUAUUAUAAAACCAUUAAAAAAUGAUUGUUUUCCUGCCUGGCAGUUACCUCAUCAUUCCAGUUUUGGUCAUCAUCCAUUAAGCACGCUUCACUACUUAAAGAUUAAGCACGUUACGUUUUUUUUUUUUCCUUUUUUUUCUUUUUACAUAAGUAGGUAUAAGUUUGUCUGUGACUUUGCUGUGGCACAUGUGUUACAUAUAUACAUAUAUCUAUAUAUACUGUAUAAUUCUAUGAAUAUCUGUAUACCAAAUAAAAGGCUUGAUAUGAAAUUUUUAAA